AUGCGCACGAUAGCAACAAAACAAUCAUUAUCAGCAUGUCCAAUUACCACACCAUUACAAACUCCCAGUAAAACAGCAAUAGAAACAAUCAAAAAGACAGCAGUAUUAAAGCAAUCUUCAAAAGCACCAAUACAAUCCAAUAAAACAACUAUUAAAACAAUUUCUCUGCAACCAACACAAAAUGAUCCAAAUGUAAAACAGAAAAAUAAUGAUAAAAUGUUAGAAAUUAAUAAAACACAAUCAGAAACGGAAUUUGAAGAUGUUUCAUUAGUAACAUCAAUAUUCACUAAUAAAACACAACCAAGCAUUUCACAACGGGUAGAUGAUAGCGCUGAUACCGGUGAAUAUGUUGAUGAUUUACCGGAAGAUCGUGAAGCAAGUAGCAUUGAAUAG